AUGGGUAGACGUAAGAUUGAAAUCCAGCCCAUCAGGGAUGAGAGAAACAGGACAGUUACAUUUAUCAAACGUAAGGCUGGGCUUUUCAAGAAAGCACAUGAGCUAGCAGUGCUGUGCCAGGUGGAUGUGGCUGUGAUAAUAUUAGGAUCAAACAAUACCUUUUACGAGUUUUCGUCGGUAGAUAUGCAAGAUAUGAUCAAACAUUAUGAAAGAACUGAUUUACACCAUGACGUAAAGCAACCCGCAGAUUAUGGCGCAUACAAGAAGAAAAAUCACAUUAAAUUAAAUGAGAAUACAAGCAAAAGAGGCUCGAAGAAGUCUUACUUUUCGAAUUUAGGUAAAGGAGUCGUAAGACAAAAACCAGAACAAGACAGUCACGAUGAGGAGGAAGAGGAAGAUGAAAGCGAUGAAGAAGAGGAAGAAGAAGACAGAAAUGGUUCCAUUGCACACCAUUUAGAUACUACAUGUAUUAAAAAUCGAUUAAAAAGGCGAGGCGAAAAUGAGAAUGGUAAUGCAGAUGCGCGUGAAGGGCAAGCCAAUUCAAGUCGAGAUACCUUAACAAACAAGGGAAUUCCCUUGCUGGCAAAGAAAGCUAAUAAGAAGCCCAAGCUCGAUCAUACGAGUUCGCCGAAAUUCAACCCGCUACAGCAACACGUUCAAAGGCAAUUUCAAAAUUUUUAUCAUGCGGCUUCGGGCACCAACCUAAACGGCAGUGCACAAGGCUUAACAAACAAGCAGUUAUCUACGGAUCCAGUAAGCCAGGCAGGUGCAUUCAAUAAUCCACUAUCGCAUGAAAGAACUAUCCAUUCGAGACCAGCAAGUAUCCAUAAUACACCGCAAUCACAAUCUAUGCAUUCAACUCCACAAUCAAUGGCGCCCAACGGAGUCAAUGGCGCGAGUUACCAAGGGCAAGGCUCAGCCACGUCAGGACCAAAUAAUGAUACAAUGGAUAAAAAUUCCAUGAGACCCAUACUAAGAGUUCGGAUUCCAAGUAAUAAUAACUCAUAUACUGCUGUUGUAAAGAGCGAACCAUCAUCCGCAUCGUCUAUGCUUGACACAAAUCCGAAUCCUCAAUUGAAUGCGGCAAGUUUAAUUUCAAAGAACACGAGUUCGGUGAGAUACGAUCCCACAUCAGAUCAUCAGGCAACUCCUAAGGAAGAAACACCAACAUCUAGCGCACUGCCGGCAGGUGUCUCACUUUUGAUGGAUAAAAAUGACCAAAGAAGAGUAAAUGGCAACCCUAGAUACUCGGGUGGCAGCAACUACGGUUUACCCCCAAUGUUCUCAGGAUCACCGGUUUUCGGUCCGUAUCUUGCGACACCAUUGCAGCCAAAUAACAAUGGAGCUGCAGCAAUUGGAAACCACCCUCAGACUUCUUCAUACAUGCCGCACAGGCCUCCUCCACAGCAGCAUCAACAGCAGGAACAAGAGCAACAACAAGAACAACAACAACGACUGCAGCAGCAACAGCAACAGCAGCAGCAACAGCAACAGCAACAGCAACAGCCACAGCAACAACAACAACAACAGCAGCAACAACAACAACAGCGCCCAAUUCAAAGUCGACAACAACAUCAAGCCCAGCAACAACGUCUGCAGCAAAGACAGCAACCACACCUCCAAAAUUUGUCUCAAAUUGCAGCAAGAGUCACAUCUCCUCCUGGCAUCACGGAAAAUGCAGGUGGCCCUUUAACGGGCUCAUUACCCUCAAAAUUCGCACACGAUCUAAUAGUCCCCUCGCCGAACGCAUCAAUGUCCAUGUUCCAAGAUUGGAAUAUGGGUCCUAAUAGCGCUAAAAGUAUUCCAAAUGCUGCAAACACACAUCCAAACAUUAACUCCGCCCACUCAAACGACAUCCCAUCUUCAACAUAUAAUAACGGCGGCUCAGGAUUAACUCCAUAUAUCAUGGCCAAUCAAACUCCACUUGGGAACAGAUUCUUUAAUUUUUCUGGGGAAAUGACAGAGGACAAGAAUAAUCACCCCGACAAUCAUGCCAUUCAUAACAGCACUAAACAUGAUACUAAUAAUACUACGCAUAAUACUCAAGACGUUGACAGUAAUGAUAACAGAAAUAAAAAAUGA